AUGCUCUCGGUGUACGCCAUCUUUCACACCGCGUACUCGUUCCAUAGCUGCUGGGAAAACAUUGUUGGGAUGCUCAUCGCCCAAGUCUUUGUCAUGCUGCCCCUCUACCUCGUCUCGGAAGACUACUUUGGCGCCCUCCACUUUGGCGCCUUCCUCACCAAGGACCGUCGUUUGGCCAAGUAG